AUGGCGUCUCUAGGCGCAUGCGGGAUCCGAUUCGCGCGGCGCUUUGUGGUUUUCACGCUGGUUCUGGCGUCGCUCGCAUGUAUCGGUCAAGCCAGCGAGAAUCUGGUCAUUGUCAGGGCAGAUCGUAAGAUCGACCUUCAGACCCAUCUUGUCCGCAACUCCGCGACCCUCAAGGUGGAGAACGCGGGGUCAACGCCUGUCUCCUCGGUCACCCUCGCCGUGCUCGUCCCGCCGCCCGGCCGCCUCGCGUUCGCCACAGCCGUGCUCCUCCAGGGCAAGGCCAAGAGCCGCACCUUCCAGGAACUUCCCCUCACUUCCACCACCCCGGAAUCCGCGGUAAAAAACGCGGUUUACUUUAAAGCCCAGCUGCCCUCGCCUCUAGAGCCCGGGAAAACCGCGCAGAUAGAGUGCUACUUUGUGGUGAUUAACGCUCUCACGCCCCACCCGGCGGAAAUCACUCAGGCGGACCCGCAGCUGGUUCUUUUCCAGGACUCGCACUACUUCACCUCUCCGUACCCCGUCCGAUCGCAGAGCACCGUUCUCCGCCUCCCCAGCCACCAGAUCGAGUCGUUCACGCCGCUGGAACCUUCCAAGAAGGCGGACUCGGAGAUUAAGCUGGGGCCGUAUGAGGGGGUGGAGGCUGGGGCUGUGUCGGCGCUUUUGGUGCAUUAUGAGAACAACCGGCCGUUCCCGCUGUUUGAGCGCGCGGAGAGGGAGUACGAGAUCUCGCACUGGGGGAAUGUGUAUGUGACGGAGGACUACCAUCUCGUGCACUCGGGGGCCAAGCACACCGGCAUGUUCUCCCGUCUGGACUACCAGCACCGCCCCAUGGCCAUCGGCGUCUCGUCUCUGCGUGGGCUCAUGGCAGUGCUGCCAGAGAGGGCUCACACGGUGUAUUACAGGGAUGAGAUUGGAAAUAUCUCCACCUCGCACCUCCGAUACCCGCCCCGAAAGGCCGAGCUGGAGAUCGAGCCUCGGUACCCGCUCCUGGGCGGGUGGUCCGUGACGUUCCGAGUGGGGUACAGCGUGCCUCUGGGCGACCUUGUUUCCAUCAGCACUGACGGCACUCGCAUGCUCAACGCCACCCUCGGCAGCCCCUUUGCUGACGUGCCCGUCAAGCAUCUGACCGUCAAGGUGGUGCUCCCGGAGGGUUCAUAUGGCAUUUCUGCGGAUGUGCCCUUCCCAGUGGGCAAGAGCACUGAGACCAAGUACUCGUACCUGGACACGGUGGGGCGCCCGGUGGUGGUGCUGGAUAAGAGGGAUGUGGUUCCGGAGCAGGGAAUCAUGCACUUCCAGGUGGGUUGA